AGAGAGAGGGAGGAGAAAACUCCCCAGCAUCUCCCAAGGAAGGUCAAAAGCACGCCACCGAUGAGCAGAAGAAAACACCACGAAGAGGUUGUGAGGGCCAAACCACCCAUGAAGGUUUGUGGAGACCCAUCUGAAGACCGGAACCUCCGCUAGAAAGCGCCUCCCGGCUCUCCAUCGGAAAGCGCCCCACGGAAGGGCUGUUUUCCCCCGCCACCAUGGGGCACAAAUUUACAGACACCGUGGCGUCCUUCCUCUUCGAAUACGACACGCCGAGGAUGGUCUUGGUGCGGAACAAAAAAGUGGGGCUUACCUUCCGUCUGAUCCAGCUGGUGGUCCUGGCGUACAUCAUCGGGUGGGUGUUUCUUUACGAGAAAGGUUAUCAGUCCAAAGACGGGAUCAUCAGCUCGGUCUCCGUGAAGCUCAAAGGCUUGACGCUGACAAAUUUCAGCGAUAUGGGACCAUAUGUAUGGGACGUGGCCGAUUAUGUUUUUCCGCCACAGGGAGACAGUUCCUUCGUAGUGAUGACCAACUUCAUCAUCACUCAUCGACAAAAACAGGAAACGUGCCCCGAGCAUCCUGAGGCAGGGAGCUGUGAUGAUGACCGUCAAUGUAGUCGAGGGAAAUUCCUUCGUCAGGGUCAAGGUAUCAUGACCGGGAAGUGUGUGAAUUUCAGUAGCGCACAGAAGACCUGCGAGAUCUUCGGCUGGUGCCCCGUAGAAAUCGAUGACAAUGUACCCAACCCACCUCUCCUUCUGGCAGCUGAAAACUUCACCCUGUUUAUCAAGAACAGCAUCACCUUCCCCAGGUUCAAAGUCUCCAGGCGCAACUUGGUGGAGAAAAUCACGAAGAAAUACCUGAGAAACUGCACCUAUCACAAAGUCAAAGAUCCCUUGUGUCCUGUGUUCGAACUGGGUCACAUCGUGGCAGAAUCUGGACAGACUUUCUCUCUUCUUGCCCGCAAGGGAGGCGUAGUGGGGAUCACCAUCAGUUGGGACUGUGAUCUGGACUGGCCGGUGAGAUACUGUGUCCCUGUUUACCAGUUCCAUGGGCUUUACAAUGAAGACAAUAACAUCUCCCCAGGUUUCAAUUUCAGGCAUGCCAGAUAUUACCGAGAAAAUGGAAGAGACCUCAGAAAUCUCUACAAGGUGUUCGGGAUUCGCUUUGACAUUCUAGUAAAUGGAAAGGCAGGAAAAUUUGACAUUAUCCCAACCAUGACGACUAUAGGUUCUGGAAUCGGCAUUUUCGGGGUUGCUUCUGUCCUUUGUGACGUUCUUCUGCUGAACUUCCUAUCCAAUCGCGAUUACUACAAGCAGAAGAAAUUCAAGUUUGCCGAGCAGAAUUCUACCCAACCAGAAAAAGAGGAUGCUGACAGCUCUUUCAUAGGCAACUUGCAAGUAAAGGAAAAGGGCGCUCGGGAAAACUGAUCCACAUAAAAAACACAAACACAGCUGCUUCUUCCUCCUUCCUUCCUCUUAAAUGUGCUGCAGACGACUCUGGAGUUUGAUCAAGUGAACCAUGGCUAAGCUUGCCUUCUUCCCUGUCGGGCUUUGGUGCCUUCUUAAGAAUGCAGACGGACCCUAGGAUGCAGUCUUUCUGGGUUUCCACACACAGAGCACUGGCGGAGAACACAUGGUUCGGGGAGGGCUGGCCCUAUCACGAGGCGAAGGGAGGCGGGUGGCUGACGCCGGAGGCAGGGCAGCAAUGGUGAGGAGCUGGAGGAAAGAACUAUGUGUGCUACAAGGUGAAACCGCACUGCUUUUUAUCACAACUGUGGACAGUCUGCCCAAACUGAACUGAAAUUUUAUUGCCAGUCAAGUGGAUUCUGAUCACAAGGUUUUGGGAGAAGGGGCAUCUCAUCCUUCCCAUCAAGCAGCAAAAUUCUGGAAUGCUUUGGUUCUGCUAUAUUAAAAAAAACCAGAACGUGGUGGCUGUUUGUGGCACCAUGGUGGCACUUCUCCAAAUCCCCAUCUCGUGCCAAGGAGAAGCUGGACAUGGACUGCGAAAAAGAUGGGCUUAUUCUCCUUAAGAGUUUCACGUACAGCACUCUGCACUUUUCUGAAACUUGGGGCCGAAGGAAUCCGGGACUUACCCGGACUUGCAUCCAAACGCGUUUUUGAAAACCCACAUCUUUUCUCUUUCAAAAAAUCCACUUCCCUGAGACCACUUUUGCUGCAGGGUGUUGCUGGUUUUCCUUGAGCGUCAAGGGCCAAACAUGAAGCUUCUAAACAGAGACUCUCCCUCCACAGACACGAACCGCAAACUUCACCCGUGGUACAAACCAACGCUGAAAAUAAAACCAUACUUCCAAAAGGGGGUGAAAGCGAGCAGAAAGCCACCGAGAAAAGCACUGGAUGAAGCAAGAGAUGGAGAAUUGUCGUACGGAUGGCAGGAAAAAAUGUCCACGGAGAACCCAGGAUUUUAAAAACAACAAAUAUACCAUCUGGACAAGUAUUUAGUUUCUAUCCAAGCUUGGUGAACCUAUUCAUGCAAUUAACUAUUUGCAACGACUUGAAAUUCUGGUGGCUCUUUGAAGAGAGGAUCCAGACAAUUUCUUAUAAGUCUGUUUUUUAGGUGAUACAUACAUGCCCACUUUCAAUAACGGACUUCCUGAUUCCCCCAUAUACUCCCACCGCUGCUUGUUGGUGUGAAUGAGCCUUUGCUUAGCCAUGCAACCGAAUGUUUCACAAAUGUACACGCAAACACAUAUUUCCUACAGACACCAUCAUCUUCAUCUCCCGUAGUCCCUUUCGAAUCAGUGGGAGCCACAACAUUUCCCAUUGCAUCAAUGUGAGGCUUGAAGGAUGGUCAAAAUACAAGGAUAUUCUAUUGCUGGGGAUACUACCUCAUCUUGAUUUGCUCUGUAAUUUACCUAGGCAUGGCUGGACUCUAGCCACAAAAUGGUCACGGAGACAGAGUUUGGUGAGGGGUGUGUGUAUGUGUGUGUUUAAAAAUAUACAUUUCUUUUAAUUUUG